UGGUAGCACUUGCUUGUCUUGCCUCUCGAUGUCGGUUAUCCGCCCUGCUCUGUUGUCCAGUCUUCUCGCGCUACUACUAGCGACUUUCCUCGUUCGCUCCCCGUUUGGGGCAUGUCCCACGAUAUCUACCUCGUCGGGGCUGCUGCGCGGUGCGGAAAAGGAUGGGGUCACGAUGUUCAAAGGAGUUCGUUAUGCGCAAGCUCCGAUCGGCAGUCUGCGCUGGGAACCUCCAGUGUCAUUCGUCUCGAACGCAUCAGUUGACUCGUCGUCUUUCGGUCCAUCUUGUACUCAACAAUUCAUCGGGAAUCAAUCAUUCUUCGAAAGACUGUUCAACGCACCGCCGCUUCUUGAGAGCGAGGAUUGCCUCUUCCUAAACUUAUGGGCACCCACUUCCGGCAACAAUCUGUCAACCGUUUUCUGGAUUCACGGCGGCGGGUUUACCUAUGGGAGUGCGUCUAACCCUCUGUAUGACGGCCAGAGUUUGGCAAGGAACCGCGGCAUCAUUGUCGUCACUAUCAAUUACCGAUUGAAUGUCUUUGGAUUCCCCGCGAGCCCCGAGAUUCCGCUCGAGAAGACCAACCUGGGCUUCUUGGAUCAAGAGCUGGCUCUGAGCUGGGUUCAGCAGAACAUCGCUCAUUUUGGCGGGGACCCCGCGAAAGUGACCAUCAUGGGAGAAUCUGCCGGAUCGUGGUCCGUAAGCGACAUGGUUUCGCGACACACUCCCGAUUCCGCGCCUUUUCGUGGGGCGAUACUACUUUCUGGGCCUCUGAGGCCGGCCGCGGCGCCCCCGAGAACUGCCCAUUCGACGUUCGAUGCACUCUCGGUUGAUCUCGGAUGCCCCAUGGAUGCUGGGCCAGCUAGACUGCGAUGUCUCAAGGACGUACCCGCCUCCGAUAUCAGGACUGCGCUACAUGGGCCAAAGAAUCCGACAUUCAUGCCUGUGGUCGACAAUAUCACAGCGUUUUCGGAUACUGUUGUGCGCCUUCGAAGUGGACUCACAGCGCGCGUACCCGCCAUUAUCGGGCAUACCCAGGACGAUGGGACCAUCAUCACGGCGGGCUUGCUGUCAGAUCCAUCAGAUCCGAUUCCAUUUCUGGACAUCCUUCCACCUGGAAUCUUCUCCCAGGAUCAAGUGCAAAAGCUAUAUCCUGCCUUGAGCAGCGUAGAGAUUCCAGCUGCGGUUGUGAGGGACCUCUUGUUCCUUUGCCCUGCUCAUCUCUGGACGCAGGCCGCCUUGGACGGCGGUCUGAAGGAUGUCUAUCGAUAUGCCUAUGGUCAUUCCUCCUACCAACGGUCUGGUUUCGUUUCAUUUCGUUGACGUCCUCCCAGGACCAGUGUUCGACGACCUGCAAGCCUACCCCGGAGCUGGGGCCUGGCACACUUCAGAACUUCCGAUGAUCUUUGGAACCCAUAACCAAACGACGGCCGAGCCCGCUGAGCGGACACUCUCGCAGACGAUGCAGGCCCUGAUCGCAAAUUUUGUCAAGAACCCGACGGAGCCGCCCGCGCCCAACUGGGAGAGACACAACCCUCGUGCGCCGAGACUUGCGAAGCUCGCUUACAACGGGAAUGUCGCAGUGGGCGAUGUGGUCGAGAUGGCGGAUAGCUCUUCCUUUGACGGCCCAUGCGCUUUGUGGGACAGACUCAUUGUUCAGUGAGUAUCGUGGAAUUAUAAGCAAGGGCAUAUGCAUGCACGGCGGGAAACGAGCUGCACCUCAGGCACGAAGACUUACAUUCUUGACGUGUGCCAAUGACAGCAUGCGUCGACUGCGGGACUUGACAUCUCGAGACCCCAACUGGGAAUUUCCCAGCGCCGACAGACGAUCACACAGAGAGGAAACUUCCCUGCUGUGGAUUCAGACCAAGCGGCCUAAGAGGAUGCGAGACGCGGGACACACAAACGUGGAUGAUGACUUCGUGGAGUUGUGGUCCAAUGACAGACAGCUUCCUUGCUGAGGUUCUCAGCGUGCUCAGAAGCCCACGGCAGUUGUGUCCCUGGCCGGUGCACGAGCCAUCUCUUGCCUUCCAUCCGACCGUGAGAUGACACUUUCUAUUUAUUCCACGCGCCGCCGGAAUGAAAAUGUAGCGGGGUCGCGCUGUGCAAUUUUCGACUUCGAUCUUGUUCAAACUUAUGCCACAAUCGCUUGCUCAGAAGUCAUGGAAUUGUGGCCGCAACUGCGCCAAAUUGAAGCUGUGGAUGACUCAUCAUGUAUACACGUGAGGAGACAAAGCUGUGACGCCGGCCUCUCAAUCCGUUUAGUGGCUGAUCACACCUCUGGACGGAUUCACUGCCUUACUCUCACUCAAAGGGAGGGAAAUAGCGUGUAAUUCGGGAACAGAUCUCCGCUCUAUCAUGACAAGUCGAACUUGACACUUUCUCUCUACGGCCCGCCUUCUCGCACCAGCAUCAUUCCGAGUCGUGGUUCCAAUCGCACUCUUCACACCGGACAUCGGAGGGAAUCCAGUUCACCAACGAAGGAGCAUCGUGAAUGUACAUAUGGGACUCAUGCCACCAAGCAUCCCCGUGGUUACUCGCGACAUUUCCCAUGCCAAGGCAGAUUCCCAGGAAUAUAGCAGGGCCGCGAUGUCAGCACCUGCUCGUCUCGACUCUCGAUGUCGUUCCCCCGCCCUGCCCUGCUUUCCAGUCUCCUCGCGCUGCUGCUAGCGGCGCUCUUCGUCCGCCGCCCGUUCGGGACACGCCCCGCGAUAUCGACGUCUUCGGGGCUACUGCGCGGUGCGGAACAGGAUGGGGUCAGGAUGUUCAAGGGAGUGCGAUAUGCCCAAGCUCCGAUCGGCGGUCUGCGUUGGCACCCCCCAAUGCCAUUCGCCUCGAAUGAAUCGUUGCAAUCGACGUCGCUCGGCCCAUCGUGCAUCCAGCAGUUCAUGGGGAACGGGCCGUUCUUUGAAGGAUUGUUCAACGCACCACCGCUUCAAGAGAGCGAGGAUUGUCUCUUCCUCAAUGUAUGGGCCCCCACCUCCGGCACCAAUCUGUCGACUGUUUUCUGGAUCCACGGCGGCGGGUUUACUUAUGGGAGUGCGUCUAAUCUUCUGUAUGACGGCGAGAGCUUGGCGAGGAACCACGGCAUCAUUGUCGUCACUAUCAAUUACCGAUUGAAUGUCUUUGGAUUCCCCGCGAGCCCCGAGAUUCCGCUCGAGAAGACAAACUUGGGCUUCUUGGAUCAAGAGCUGGCUCUGAGCUGGGUUCAGCAGAACAUCGCUCAUUUCGGCGGGGACCCAGUGAAAGUGACCAUCAUGGGAGAAUCUGCCGGAUCGUGGUCUGUGAGCGACAUGGUCUCACGACACACUCCCGAUUCCGCGCCUUUUCGCGGAGCGAUACUACUCUCAGGGGCUCUCAGACCGGCUGCGUCGCCUCUUGGGACCGGUCAUUUGACAUUCGAUGCGUUUUCGGCCGAUCUCGGAUGUCCCAUGGAUGCUGGGCCCGCUAGACUCCAAUGUCUCAGGGACGUACCCGCCUCCGAUAUCAGGACUGCGCUACAUGGGCCAAAGAAUCCGACGUUCAUGCCUGUAGUCGACAACGUCACGGCGUUCUCGAAUACUGUUGUGCGCCUUCGAAGUGGACUCACAGCGCGCGUGCCCACCAUUAUUGGACACACCCAGGACGACGGGACGAUCGUCACGGCGGGCCUGCUGUCAGAUCCAUCCAAUCUGUUGGUCUUUCUGGACAUCAUGCUGCCCGGACUCUUCACCCCGGAUCAAGUGCAAAAGCUGUAUCCUGCGCUGAGCAGCGCAGAGAUUCCAGCUGCGGCUGCGAGAGACCUCUUGUUCCUUUGCCCUGCUCAUCUUUGGACGCAGGCCGCCGUGGACGGCGGUCUGAAGGAUGUCUAUCGAUAUGCUUAUGGACCGGUGUUCGACGAUCUACAAGCCUACCCCGGAGCCGGGGCCUGGCACACUUCAGAACUGCCGAUGAUCUUCGGGACCUACAAUGCGACAACAGCUGAACCUGCCGAGCGAAUACUUUCGCAGACGAUGCAGACACUGAUCGCAAACUUCGUGAAGAACCCGACGGAGCCGCCCGCGCCCAACUGGGAGAGACACAACCCUCGUGCGCCGAGACUCGCGAAGCUCGCUUACAACGGGAAUGUCGCGGUGGGCGAUGUGGUCGAGAUGGCGGAUAGCUCUUCCUUUGACGGCCCAUGCGAUUUGUGGGACAGACUCACUGGCCAGUAAGUAACGUGGGAUCAUGAAUCGGGACUAUGUAUGCAUGUCGGAAAACGAGCUGCACAUCGGACACGGUGACUGACUUUCUGGACGUGUGCCAAUCACAACAUACUUCAACUACAAGACUCAUCCGUCUUGCGAACACAGCUGGGAAUCGUACGGUCAAGGGUUCUCGAUUGGGAUAUGCCAUUCACAUAUACUAUUUGUGAAAUGUUGACCAAGGUGUACAAUCUCACGCUUACGCUCAUAAUGAUUCAACAAGGGUCGCGUUUCCAAUCAGGCUCUUAAUCAAAUGCUGCAUCAUGACCAACACCGGCUCAGAAUCAAUCUGUCACACAGAACCAUCGUAUUAUACUAUCAUCGAAGCUGUUCUCAACGAACGUUCUUGGACUUUUGAAACAAGUCGUGCGGGAGGGGAGCAGGUAGUCUCUUCUCGCACUCUCUCUUUCGCCUUCAUGGCACCUUUUCAACUUCAGCCUUCGGAAUAUUUGCUUGCUCUUUUCUUCGGUUCUAUUCUUUAUGGUGUGCUUGAGCCAGCCGCACAUCGCAUUGUGCAAGCUUACAGCCUCGAACAGGAAUACUGUUCACCACAUUCGUCUCAGCGCUCGCGUCACUCGUUCUCGAGCAGGACAAAAAGCGAUUCGAGUUCAAGCGCCGUCAGGAUAUGAGAUUUCCCAUCCUGGUGGCCACCGUCGUGAUGUUCCUUGUCUCGACGCUUGCUGCGGUAUUCUCCAUCCAAAUAGCCAUGGAAGGGUUUGUCAAGUAUACCGGCCCCGGUGGGCCCUCGUAAUUCUUCAACAGCAACGGGUCCGGGUCUAGGCAGCGGAUGAUCUUGCUGACCAAUGGGACCCAGAUCUUUGUUGGAGAUGGACUCAUCAUUUAUCGAUGCUACGUGUUGCAUGCUCACAAUUGGAAGAAGAUUGCGGUUCCGCUCGUCAGUUACCUCCUGCUCACUGGUAUCAUUCUCUCCUCCAAGUGCUACCGGGCUUCUACUCAUCAGUGGUAACCUUGCAGUGGCUGAGCUGUGCGCCUUGGCUGUUCUGAUCCUACCGCCCGGGAGGCCAUCGAACGGUCCCACCGUGUUCAUCCUGAUCUUGAUGGUGUUGCUGUUGACGUGUGUUACAAGUGUCUCCACGACAUUCCUGAUUGUGCGGCGACUCCGCUCAGUCGACACCGGCACAAGCUCUGUGCCACAGCAGCUUCUCACCCGCGUGGCCCGAAUGUUUUUUGAAACUGGAUUGAUCUACACCCUUGCUCUAGUCGCAUCUUUGGUCGUAUAUCUCUCCGGACUUCUCUCCGGAGGGCACUUAGAGUUCAUAGACGCUCUCUGCAUGACACAUAUUAUUGUAGGUCGUCAAUCCCAAACGGCUCGUAAUCGCAGGCCAAGGAGUGAAAGCUGAAACAUCCCCCCAGCCAAUUACUUGCAAUCUAUUACUGAUCAGGGUGCGAGGCGCACAAUCGGAUGCCAACAAGGAGGACGGAGCAGACAUAGAAAGGAACGCGCAUCCGUGAAAUGUUCUGUGAGAUUGAAUCCUCGAUAUUCGAACUCACAUUUCAGCCACAAGAGUCGAUGACGAGUCUUACACAUACUGGAUUACGUGGCCAUAACUGUUGCCCUUAUGCCAAUGGUUCCGGAGCAAUUGGCACUCAUGUACAUACUUGUAACAUAUUCAGUCAUUCCAUUCCUGUUUUGUCUUGUAACUGAAUCAGAGGCUUUGAUUCAAUGCUGCGUGAAUCACUUGACCAA